AUGGAAUUCGUACCAAAAGACAGAAUCCUGCAAUUAAGACCAGACACUUUCGAACAAGUUCGUAAAGAGUUUAACCUGGAGAAAAAAGGUAGAAUGGAGGAAGCGGUAAGAAUAUUAGACGAGUGGAUCCAAAAACAGGCGCAUUUUAAAAAGAAGGAUUUCGAUCCAUAUUUCUUAGAAACUACAAUAUUAGGAAGCAAAGGAUCCCUUGAACGUGCAAAAAAUCAAAUAGAUAAAAAUUGCACUCUGAGAACACUUUUACCAGCUUAUUUCGGUAAUUUCAACGUAAGAAAUGAUUUUAAAGUUGUACAUGAAGUCGUACAGACAGUAGCGUUACCACAGUUGACGCCUGAUCACUACAGAAUAGUUCUAACGAAGUUCAAUAAUGUUCCUUUUGACAGUUCAGAAGUGAUUAAUUUCUACAGAUACAACGUUAUUUUGGGAGAUUAUUUAAAAUCACAUGAUUAUCUGAGGGGUUUCAUAGUAAUAUCGGAUUUCACAGACGCAAAUAUUAUGGAUUACGUGACAAAAAUUAAUCCCAUUGAUUUAAGAAAUGCUUUUAGUAUUUAUCUAGAGGGGUAUGGUAUGAGAAUAAAAGGCAUUCACAUCGUAUGUUCUUCAAGAUUUGUGGACGCGUUUAUAACAAUUCUAAAACAAGUUUUAAGUGAAAAGGUAGCAAGCAGAAUCUCCGUUCACAAGUCAAUAGAUGAUUUAGCUAAAGUCAUUCCAAAAGAAAUACUGCCAGUAGACUAUGGUGGUGAUGAAAAGUCUAUCAAGACUCUAUACGAUGAAUGGAUUGACGUUCUCUCAACAAAGGAACAUAUGGAUUAUGUAGCCGACAUGAAUAAAGCUGGUACAGAUGAAUCACUCAGACAGUCAGAUAAAUUCUGUGAUACAUGUGCUGGAAUGCCGGGUAGUUUUAGAAUAUUGAGUGUAGAUUAA